AUGCCCGAGCCUAUGGAACGAAACGAUAUUGUUCUCGACAACGUCACCUUCAAUUACCCGGCACGAGCUACCGUCAAGGUUGUCGAGGAUAUCAAUCUCACUUUCGAAGCUGGCAAGGUCACAGCAAUUGUGGGGCCUUCGGGGAGUGGGAAAAGCACUAUUGCAGCGAUGCUGAUGCGUUUCUAUGAUCCCGCUUCCGGGCGAGUUAAAAUUGGUAAUCGUGAUUUGCGAGAGCUCAACCUCCGAGACUAUCGGAGGCACGUCUCCUUAGUGGACCAGGAACCUGUGCUAUUUUCGGGAACUAUAAUGGAAAACAUCCGCCACGGUUUAUUGCACAAGGAGGGAUUAAGCGAGAGCGAAGCAAUCGAGUUAUGCUAUCAAGCUACCAGAGAUGCCAACGCCUACGAUUUUAUCACGAGUCUUCCGGAUGGUUUCAACACCAAGCUCGGUGGAGCUGGUGCUACACAGUUAUCCGGCGGCCAAAGACAACGGGUAUCAAUAGCGAGAGCGCUCGUUAGCGAUCCAAGUAUCUUAUUGCUAGACGAACCCACGAGCGCACUAGAUUCCCAAAGCGAAGCAGUAGUUCUCGACGCCCUUGAUAAUGCUAAGAGCAAGAAGGGUAGAACGACGAUAAUGAUUGCCCACCGGUUAGCUACCGUGCGUGGCGCAGACAAGAUUGUCGUCAUACAAAAUGGCCAUGUGGUCGAAGAAGGCACUCACGAAAGUUUGCUCGAGGCUCGCGGAGCCUAUCAUGCACUGGUCAGGUCACAGAGGCUCUUGGGUGCAAAUUCUCGCGCAAGCAGUCUUUCUUCUACCAAAACGAAGACGCUAACUUCCACUUUUGGUAUCGUCUCUGAGAGGCUUAUCAGACGUAUUCGGGAUAUUUCCUUGAGAAAUAUUUUGCGCCAAGAUGCCGCGUGGUUCCAGGCACCCUCUCACUCACCAGCAGCAUUAGUCUCUAUGCUUAAUAUGGAUACUGGCCACCUCAGCGGCCUAUUGCGUGUUCUAUCAAAGUUCCAACAAAGACAUGAAACAGCAUACGUAGAAGCCGCAGCUCUGGCAACCGAGGCGUGCACGGCCAUAAAAACAGUCGCAGCCCUCGGAAGAGAGAACGAUGUCACCCGGCUUUACAGCGAAGCUGUAGAUAAGCCAUACCGGGAAAGCCUACGGUUUAUUGUGGCAGGGAAUUUCUGGUUGGCUUUCGCAUUGGCAAUCACAUACUUUGUUUAUGCUCUCGCAUACUACUGGGGCUCCAGACAGGUAACUCGGGCGAAGAGUGCUGCCCUAAGCGUUUUCAGGAUUCACGAUCAGAAACCUACCAUUGACACUGACUCACAACCACCCCCCCGCGAGAAGUCAGCCGCGGCUAGGUUGAGAGUAAAAAAUGGCCAGUUUGUUGCUUUCGUGGGGUAUUCUGGUGCUGGAAAGUCGAGCGCAGUCGCCCUACUAGAACGCUUCUACGACGUUAGUUCUGGAAGUAUUCUCGUCGAUGAUGUGGAUAUUAGGGCUAUCCCGGUGCGUGACCAUAGGAGUCGGAUAUCUCUUGUCUCCCAAGAACCUUGCUUGUUUCCUGGUAGCAUCCACUUCAACGUUAGUCUUGGAGCAGGCCCAGGGAAAGACGUCUCUAGAAAAGACAUUGAGAGGGUUUGUAAGAUGUGUGGGCUACACGAUUUUAUUAUGGGUCUCCCUGAAGGCUACGAAACCGAUUGUGGUGCCAACGGUUCCCAACUUUCUGGUGGGCAGAAGCAACGCGUUUCGCUCGCCAGGGCGCUCAUGCGCGAUCCGGCAAUCCUCCUUCUUGAUGAGGCCACUUCAGCCCUCGACUCGCACUCCGAGAAGCUCAUCCAGGAAGCCGUAGCAUCAGCGAGCCGGAAUAGAACCUGUAUCGCAGUUGCGCACCGUCUAGCUAGCAUCCAGAUGGCAGACUGCAUCUACGUUUUCGAGAAAGGAAAGAUCAUUGAGCAAGGCAGGCACAACGAACUGAUCGCCAAAGAUGGGAUCUACGCUGCCAUGUCCAGGCAGCAGAGCCUGGAGUAG